AUGCCCAACCAGGGUGGGCCGGACGAUCGAGUUAGACGACUGUAUGCGGGAGUGGUAAAUUCGGUGGGCCUAUACGGGGCACCAGUUUGGGCGGACGAGGCGGUGGCCACUCGACACAUCAAGGAUGUACUCAAGAGAGUACAAAGAAGGGUGGCCAUACGCGUCGUCCGCGGGUAUAGAACCGUGGCGCAUGCAGCCGCCUCGGUCCUGGUGGGUCUGCCGCCCAUGGAUCUCGUAGCUCGGGCGCAUAAAAGAGCGUACGAGCGCAUAAAGGAGCUCCGUGGGCUAGAAACAGUCAUAACCGACCGGGUCCGGGGGAUCGUCAGACUACAAGCCCGACAACAAAUGAUUGUUGAGUGGGGGGAGGCAUUGAACCACAUUUUUUCCACAAGAUCGGAAGAUAGGGUUGUCGGGGCCAUAAGGCUUGUAAUUGAGGAAUGGAUGGACAGGCCGCGUGGCAGCAGGAUGUCAUUUCACAUGACGCAGGUGUUCUCCGGACAUGGGUGUUUCGGGGAAUACCUGUGUCGUAUCGGGAGAGAGCGCACCAUACAGUGUAAUCAUUGCGAGGACGACAGGGACACGGCGCAACACACGCUGGAACAUUGUCCAGCGUGGGAGGAAAAGCGCCGUGUUCUUAUGGAAAAAAUAGGGAACGAUCUGUCGCUCUCCGGCAUCGUCCAAAAGAUGCUGGAGAGCGAGGAAAAUUGGAAGGCGAUGGUCUCCUUCUACGACAGAGUAAUGUUGCAGAAGGAGACGACGGAAAGAGAGAGAGAGAGGAAAAGGGAUGCGGCAAUGGGUAGCGGGGGAGAGCCAAGAAGAAAAAGAGGAAGGAGGCCACCCCGUCACCUAGUUGUUGACGACGAUUAA